UGCGCAAGCGCGCGACAGUCCGCCGCGAUGUCGGCGCCCGCGCGCCUUGUUUUGUUGAUUUGUGGCGCGAGUGUGGCCGCACAGACUGAAAUAUUUAUUGGUGUGACAGAGCCGGACCCCGUCCGCGGACAGCAGCUGGCGGCGGCGGUGGCGGCGGCGCUGGGCGCGCGCGGGUCCCCCGCGCCCCCUGCGCCGCCAGUUGAGCCCGACGAGCCGCUCGCCGUGCCUGCACAUGUCUGCGCUCAGGCGCGCGCGGGAGCAGUGGGCGUGGCUAUAGGCGGCGGCGCCUUGUCUGCGGCGCUGGGCUCUGAAGCCGGCGCACGCGCAGGUUUGCCGACCUUGCUGCUUGAUGACGCGCCCAACAGCAGCGGGGACGCGCUCGCUAUGCAUCCGCACUCCACUGUACUUGCACAGGUGUGUUCUGAGCUAUGUGAGGCUAAGGGCUGGCGCCGCGCGGUGUUCCUCCACGAAGGCAGCGCGUCCGGCGCAUCCCUGAUCGCUCCCGACAGCAAGACCCUGGCCCUGCUCCCGCGUAUGCUGCCGCCGCCACAAGAAGAGGCACUACUCAGGAACCUGUUACUCCUGCUGAAGAAGUCAGGCGAGAGGAACUUCAUCGUGUGGUGCAGCGCGGAGUGCUGCACGCGGGUGCUUGACGCGGCGCAGCGCGCGGGCCUGCUGGCUGACAGCCACUCCUACAUCCUGCUCACGCUGGACCUCCACACGCAGCCGUUGGAACCCUACAGCCACGGCGGGGCUAAUAUCACCACAUUUCAGCUGUUCGACCUGGAAUCUGAGGGCAUGAAGACAAUGAUGAGCAACUGGAAGACUGCAUACUUGUCCCGUUUCGCGGACUCCGCGGACAUCUCAGUCGAGGCGGGGAGGGUGAUGAUGGCGCCCCCCACGGCUCUGGUGCUGGCCUACGACGCUGCAACGCUACUGGGCGCGGCCAUGGAGCACCUGGGCUUGCCUGGUGCGCUGUCAGCUGACUGCGACAGGGGCCGCGGCGCCUUUCACGCCGGCUCGCUCAUUAAUUAUAUUCGAUCGGAGGAAUGGAACUCGUCAAUUUGCGUGAGCGGCGGCGGCGCGUCCUGGGAGACGGACGGCGGGCGCCGCUCCGUGCAGCUGGGCGUGGCCGAGCUGGCGCGCGGCGGCGGGCUGCAGCGCGCGGGCGUGUGGGCGCCGCGCGCGGGCGUCGCAUGGCAGCGCGGGCCGCAGGUCGUGCCCGACGUCCCUGCUGACUCCAUGGAGAACCGCACUUUCACCGUGCUCAUUGCUGUUAAUGCUCCGUACGUUAUGGUAAAGGAGUCGACGGAGAGACUGUCCGGGAAUGAUCGUUAUGAAGGGUUCUGCAUCGAGCUGAUCGAGCGGCUUGCCGAGCAUCUGCAUUUCAACUACACGUUCGUGGAGCAGCUCGACGGGAAGUACGGCGACGUUAAUGUGGAUACGGGCGAGUGGAACGGCAUGACGGGCCGGCUCAUGAAGGAUCCGGACAUCGACUUCGCCAUCACGGACCUGACGAUCACGGCGCAGCGUGAGACCGUGGUGGACUUCACGACGCCCUUCAUGAACCUCGGCAUCACCAUCCUCUUCCGCAAGGCCGAGGAGCCCGAGCCGGAGCUCUUCGCGUUUCUGCUACCCUUCUCCAAUGCGGUUUGGCUGUGCUUAGGUUUCGCAUACCUCGGCACCUCUCUGAUCUUGUACGUGGUGGGGCGGCUCUGCCCCGAGGAGUGGCAGAACCCGUACCCCUGCCACGACGAGGUCGAGGCUUUGGAGAACCAGUUCACGCUGGCUAACGCGCUGUGGUUCAACUUGGGCGCUGUGCUGCUGCAGGGCUCUGAGAUCGCUCCUGUGGCGUACGGCACGCGCGCGGUGGCCAGCGUGUGGUGGCUGUUCGCGCUGAUCAUCACCAGCUCGUACACGGCGAACCUGGCCACGCUGCUGGCCAUGAAGUCCUCCACCGAGCUCAUCCACAACGUGCAGGAGCUGGCCGACAACGACAUCGGCAUCACCUACGGUGCUAAAGAUGGAGGCUCGACUUAUACGUUCUUCCAGCACUCUCAAAAUGAGUUGUAUAAAAAGAUGUUCGCACACAUGCGCCAGCACAGGAUGCCGGACUCGAACAACGAGGGGAUUAACAAGGUGCUGAACGAGAGCUACGCGUUCCUGGCGGAGUCCACCACCAUCGAGUACACUGUGGAGCGGAACUGCAACGUCACCAUGGUGGGCAACCUCCUAGACAGCAAAGGUUACGGUCUCGCUAUGAAAAAGAACUCCCCGUACCGCCAGGAGCUGAACUUGGCGCUGCUCCGAUUCCAGGAGGCGGGCAUUCUGCGUGAGAUGAAGCACAAGUGGUGGAAGGAGAUGCACGGCGGUGGCGCCUGCGACGUGGCGGAAGAGUACGCCAACGAGGAGCUCCGCAUGGCGAAUUUCCUGGGUCUGUUCCUAGUGCUGGUGGUGGGCAGCGCGCUGGGCAUCGUGGUGUCGUGCGUGGACCUGGCCUGGGCGGCGGCGCGAAGCACGCGCGAGCCGGGCGCCACCUUCCUGCAGCGAUAUUGGACCGAGCUGCGCUUCGUCUUCCGCUUCGACUUGCUGGAGAAACCGCUGCAGGGUCCACUCCUCAGUGUAUCAAGCGGGUCACCCCCUCCCGAGUCGCAGCAAGGCGAAGAAUCGCCGCCCGAAGACGAGCGUCUGCGAUCCAUGUCGCUAGCGUCGGGCGGCGCGGCGAGCCCGCGACGGCGCCGCUCCUCCAUGCACGCCGCCAGCGUGCGGCUCGCGCGACACGCCACCGUGCAAUCCCACACUCCCACGCCGUCUGAGAGAUAAUGUCAAAAAACGUUGUAUAGAAAGUCCGAAGAAAAAUAUUAUAUUUGUGUGAAUUCCUUCAAGAAAAAAUUGUUCAUUGAUUUGAUAUUAAUUUACCUUUUUAGCUUUCCAAUUGGCUUAACUCUCUCGCUCAUCUUGGCGUAUUCCAGGUUGCAUUAGGGAUUAUGACGCCGUGAAGCCCAGGGUCAGCGUAAAAGUAAACCUUAAAAUUGAAAAGAUUUGGCUAUGAUAUUGCAGCCGGUCGCAGCCUCAGUUAGGGGUAUUAAUCAGGCAGGCGGUAGGUUGUAAAGUCAUAGUCAAAUCUUGGGAAUUAUAUUGUUGUCCAUCAGUUACGAAGGCUUUAUAUAUGACAAGCACGAGAGGAUGUGGAGCGGUCUAUGGCUAUUCCAGGGCGGGUCCACUCGCCACUUCCAAUUAGCUUCACCUCAGAUACUCUAUUCUAUUAUUUUUUUACACUGUACUGAGAUUUCACAUGUAGAUAAGUUAUGUAGGUAAAGUAUGUAAAAAAUAAAGUUGUACGCUUAACUAA